UUGAUUCCACCAGAGUCCACGUUGUUUACGACAGCUCUCCUGCCUAUUCGGUCUUUGCCGUAAAGUGCGUUAAAGCGUGUGCACAGUGCGACUCACAUGGUAAGAGUCACCAUGGACGUAAAGCCAAAAAAGAAGUCAUUUGUUCACAAGGACGGGAAAAAAUCAGGAGAAGGUGGUGCUAUGUCAGGUAAACCUAAAGGAAAAGGUUUAGGCAAACCAGGAAAGCGUCCUUUCAAGCCAUUUGACGCCGGUAAAGGCAAAAAGUUUGAUGGACCAGGAAAGAAGUUUGAUGGACCCAGAAAGAAGUUUGAUGGACCUAAGAAGAAAUUUGAUGGACCUAAGAAGAAAUUUGAUGGACCUGCAAAAAAGUUUGAUGGACCAGCAAAGAAAUUUGAUGGACCCGGAAAGAAGUUUGAUGGACCCAGAAAGAAAUUCGAUGGACCCGGAAAGAAGUUUGAUGGACCCAGAAAGAAAUUCGAUGGACCCGGAAAGAAGUUCGAUGGACCCGGAAAGAAGUUUGAUGGACCCGGAAAGAAGUUCGAUGGACCCGGAAAGAAGUUUGAUGGAACAGGAAAGAAUGGUCCACAGAAGUUCAUUAAGAAGACCCCAAAUGAUGGAAAAUUCUCCCAGAAGAGAAAGUUUCAACCGGGGAAGGAGGGUGAAAAUGGUUCAGAGGCAAAGAAGCCUAAAUGGGACGAGUUUAAACAGCAGAAGAAGGAAUUGAAGCAGAAUCGCCAGCAGCUUGAGCGGAAAGACACCUUUCACGUCAUUAGUAGAGCUAAGCAGGUGUGGGAAGCAGUUAGGAGGAAAGACUGUGAUAAAGACAAAAGGGCCAAACUGAUGAACGAGCUUCAUGACCUCGUACAAGGGAAGAUAAAAUCUAUUGCCUUUGCACAUGACUCAACACGCGUGCUUCAGUGUUUCAUCCAGUUUGGAAAUGAAAAGCAGAGACAAGAAGUGUUUGAUGAACUCAAAGAUUCCUUUGUUGAGUUGAGCAAAUCAAAAUAUGCCAGAAAUAUUGUUAAGAAAUUCUUAAUGUAUGGGAGCAAGCAGCAGGUGGGGGAGGUGAUGUUGGCCUUUAAGGGAAACGUGCGGACGAUGCUGCGUCACUCAGAGGCCUCGUCCGUGGUGGAGUAUGCCUACAACGACAAGGCCAUCCUUCCACAGCGCCUCAUGCUCACCGAGGAGCUCUACGGAAACACAUUCCAAGUACUCAAGUCAACAGUUUGUCCCACGCUAGACAAGGUUCUUGAAAUGAACCCAGGCAAGAUAGACGGCAUCAUGGAGGAGAUGAAACAGAUUCUCACACCCAUGUCACAAAAAGAAGCUGUUGUCAAACAUUCCCUGGUCCAUAAAGUGUUCCUGGAUUUCUUCCUCCAUGCCCCAGCCAAACAAAGAACAGAGAUGAUCGAGUCCAUCAGGGAGUCGGUUGUGUACAUGGCCCACACCCAUGACGGGGCACGGGUGGCCAUGCACUGCCUGUGGCACGGGACCCCCAAGGAUAGGAAAGUCAUUGUCAAAACCCUGAAGACCUACAUAGACAAAUUUUCCGUGGGGGAGUACGCUCACCUAGCGCUCCUGGCUGCCUUCGACUGCAUCGAUGACACCAAACUAGUCAAGCAACUUAUCAUAUCAGAGAUCAUCGCCUCCCUCACUGAAAUCAUCAGCAACAAACACGGCAGGAAGGUGCUGCUGUAUCUGCUCUGCCCGCGGGACCCCGCCAACCUGCUGCCCGAGAUCAUCCAGCUGCUGGAGAAAGGAGAUGGGAAUGCAUACAGUAAGAAAGACACAGCUGUUAGGCGGCAGGAGCUGCUAGAGGCCGUCUCCCCAACUCUGCUUCAGCACCUGACUGAAAAUGCACGUGCCAUGGUAACGGACAAGGGCUCUAUCAACGCCGUGAGUGACAUCCUGGGCGGAACGGUUGGCGACCUUCGACCUGCCAUGGAGGCAGUUGCCGACAUCGCUUCUGAGGAGUUUGUACCUGGUGGAGUGGAAGGACAGCUGCACAUGGCUGAGCAUCCUGCGGGUCAUCUGGUGCUGAAGUGGCUGAUCGAACAGGAUUCCAAGAUGAAGGAAUCGGGCAGAGAAGAGCGUUUCUCCCGGGUGUUACUGGAGAAGGUGGGUCUGGAGAAGAUGAAGGCCUGGGUGGCAGUAAACCGUGGAGCCAUCGUGCUUGGCUGCCUUCUGCAGAGUGCUGAUGAUGGAGUGGCUGAAGAAGUCAAACAGGCCCUGAAGAUGAUCGUCCCUGAUCUCAAGGAGAUCAAGAACUCUAAAGGAGUGGAGGCGCUGUUGGAGAAGCUUGACUGAGGGAGGCAAUGAGAGACACUGUGUGUGUGUGUGUGUGUGUGUGUGUGUGUGAGAGAUUGAUGCUCCGGUUAAUGGAUACCUUGGUUCACGAAUCUGGAGAAACCUGGGCACUGUUCAAAGCAGUCUUUGCAUUUUCAAGGAUCUCCGCCCGAAAGAUGUCUCUGUUUGGACCUUCACUGCCCAUUUGUUCCGGCCCUGCUGUCAUUUUAUGUGUUCAGGGUUGACGUACAUACAAUGGUCCAGCUAAUCAAGGCGCACAGGUCUUGAACCAUUUUUUGUCAAUUUGUUAAAAAUGUUACCUUGGAAUAAUGGCUUUUAUGUAUUUAAAUAUAAAAUACAUCAGUAAUAAUCUGUUGGCACAGUCUUUACUUUUUCAAAAUGUUGGGAAACAUGUUUGUUUCCUGUUUGGGAAAAGGCCAUGUUGCAACCACCAUUAGGCUCUUUAGAAUUUAAACAUGGAUCUCAAAUUUGGAAUACCGCACCUCCUUCCAAAUAAAGGGAGAUACUGUGUAUAGACAUGUUUUAGUCGAGCACAUCACUCACGUACACAUCAGAAAAUUAGCUGGUUUUCAAAAGGAACCACUUACCCUGGCAAACCUGACACACCAUUUUUAGGACAUCGUUGGCCUUGGCAAUCUACUCAUCUGAAAUAGUGUGUGAAGUUUGGGCUCGUCACUAGAUGUUUGGCCCCCAGAAUUGUAAUGUUUUACAUACACACACACACACAUUGGUUGAUAUGGGGUGGGACAAAUGCUGCCAUUACCUUGCCAUUAAAUCCUAGAGCCCGUUGUCCGUCGGAAGUCUCAUUCCAUCUGCCAACUGGGAGCUGAGAGACUGUUUAUAUGCCCAGCAAUUCUUUCCCAAUCCCUGGCAUCCCUCUAUUUUUUACAGAUUAUACUUUUUAAAGUAUUAUCAACGUCUGCAUGGAUGCUGCGUUGAGAUAUAAUUGAAUGUCAAUAACGUUUUAUAGAAAAUAAUCAAGAUAGGUAGGCCAAUCGUGCAGUGGCAGACGUAACAUGCUGCCCAAUCGGAAAACAUGCUUAUCAAAACAAUGUAAUCAUUAAUGGUGUGGCCUAAACAUAAAGCGGCCUUAUGCGAUCAGGUCAAGACUUACAGAUUCCCACCGAGAGCAGGGAACUACUGGAACUCCACCAGAUCAUCUGUGCCCGGCUCUGGGUUACAAUUCGUUUUUAUCCAUGUGAUCAUACAUCUUUACGUUUAUAAAAUGUUUGUAUUGUCUGUAGUAGUAGCAAAAAUAGACUUUCAGAUUUUGUAUGUAUGUAGGCAUAGGUCGAGAUGAUUUUCUUAUUUUGCUAUCAUAUGACAGAACGUAUUCCUGACAUUAAAGUUAGUUUAACUAUACUAACUAUAAUUAACUAUAGUUCUAUUUCAGAAUAUGCAACAUCAAAGAGGAGCUCACCCCAAAGAGCCACCCCGCAGUAAAGUGGUCUCUGGCUGUGGUUUACAAAUUUGUCCAUGCUAAUUGUCAGAAUAAAUAAAGAAGUUCAUUGCUGAUCA